AUGCCCACUGCUGUCGCAUGGCAGCCGUCACGAGAAAUGCAGCAGAAGGGCUCACAAUUCCUUCAUAACUCAUUUUUCAGUCUGAAGGGCGUCCAAGACAGACCAGUAUCUGUGGCGACUGAAUUUAUGGAGUCUGACUUUGAGGACGAUGAAAUUUUGAGCGACUACGAAGACGGUGAAAACUCGCCACGUGUGAGCCUGCACUCUGGCCAGCCCAGCUUCACCACUGUGUCAUCCUACGACGAGGCCCAGACACCGAGGUCCAGUCGAAUGCCCACAGAUUACCACAUCGCGGUAGAACAGCCAAAACAAGUCGAGGGCCCCCGUGGGCCGCACUUGUUCCGGAUUUCCACUCUGUCAGCCGAGUUCCAGGCCGAAUUCCAGAAUGCCUUGUCUUUGUCACCCUUGACUCCAAAAGUGCCGAGGGGCGAGGGGCUCCCACAGGUUCAGCGGCCCCCGCAACAACAGGUGCCGCUGCCGCUGGGUAUCACCCCUCUGCCUACCAAGAAGACGUACAGUGGACCGUUCCAGUUCACUGACGAGGAACUGGACACGCGGGAUCUGUAUUCGUGGUCACCGGAGAAGGUCGCACAGCGGAUGCUCAAUGCAGGCUUUGAGCUCAAGGUGUGUGAGCGUUUUGUGGAGAACGACAUCACGGGAGGUAUAUUGAUUACGCUCAAGUUCGAGGAUCUCAAGGAGCUAGGCAUUCCUUCAUUUGGCGUGCGGACAAAUGUGUGGACCCAGAUCAAUGCGAUGAAGAACGUGCAGCCGGCGGCCGAGCCGCGUCCGGAGACGCCGAUCGAGGACGAGCCAGAUCGGCAUGUGCGGCGCGAGCUGCGGCAGCAAGAUGGUCCUGGACGGCCGCUGCGGCGGCGGGCAAGCAGCCGGCGCAAGAAGACGCGCAUGGACGACGUUGUGACGCCGCUGGAGUCGGUGUCGAUUGUGGGUAUCGAGCAGAUAGUGCCGAAGCCGCACCAAUGUUCCAAGGGCGAGAACUGCAGCAAGUGGAAGCGCAACCAGCGGAUGAUUGAGGCGUUCAAGAAAGAUCAUCCCUUUGUCGAUAUGGACAAGGGUGGUAUCAUCAUGAUCGCGGGCGACCCGGGCAACCCGGAGACGGCAAAGGCCAUAUGUCCGUGGACUGCGGUGGAGGACGACAACCAAAACCAGGGCCUGGGCCAGAACCAAGGCCAAGACCAGUACCUGCGGCCGCUGUCAGACAUGGUGCCGUCGGUGGUGGCUUCAUCCGACGUCAUGGGCCCGGGUGUGUUGCCGGCACCCACACAGGCAUUGCAAGAGGACACGCUUCGGACAGUGCAGACACGAGACCCGCAGGACAACGUGCGACAGUUCCUGGACUUCCAGCACCAACACAUAACUUCCUGCAGCGAGGUGCCACCGACGCCACCGUUUGAGCUCUACCCUACCCGCCAACAGCCGAUUGAGGGUCUGCGGUCGUUGCCCCGACUGUCGAUCCCGUCAAAGAUGCGGCAGUCCACAGCUGCUGCAGCUGCUGUCGUCUCGGCCAGCCAAUCCACGGUGCGGCAGCCAUGCUGGGCACCUGAGUCGGCGCAGACGGCAUCGACAGUGCCCACAUCAGGCACAUCAUAUACGCACACGGCUAUGGAGGAGUCGCCGGAUCGCACGCCGAUGGAAGUGUACCGGUUCGGGACCCCGUUUUCGGAGAUGGACGUGCCGGUGACGACGGUGCCUCUUGGCCCAGUGGCUCGUGAUGUCUCGCAGUCUGUGCCCCCCGACAUGAACUACCGUGCGGGACCGACGAGGACCAUGUCGCGAGCCUCUGCACGCCGGCCGUCGUUCCCAGUCCUGCCGUCGCUAGACGAGAACAGAGCGACUGCAGCGAUGACGCGCGGGCAGCGCCAGCGAUCGUCCCCUCUGGCGGCAGCUCCGACGGCAGGCAGCUCUCUGCCAGCUACCACGCGGGUGCUGCAGCCGCCACCACGCAUCAAGUACCCGUGGUCGCCGGAACGGGCGACGUUUGAGACGGCCAUUGCGCCCAUUUCGUCUGUACUGGGGCAUGCGGCACCGGAAGCGUCAGACUCCUCGUCCUCGUCUCUCGUCUCGACUGGCUCAUUCAGCACCGGGGCUUCGGGGUCGACCAUGGCGACGUCAGUCAGCGGCAACGUGGUGGUGCGGACGAGGGACGACGUCACAGGGGAUCACGUGACGUAUCAAGGUCCAGUGAAGAAGCGCAAGACCAAGAUGCUGCGGCACGAGUGGCACGACCGGUUUGUGACGCUCAAGGGCACGCGGCUGGCAGUGCACAAGGACGCCAAGAACGUCGACCGCACGCUCGAGUAUGUGGACAUUGACGACUAUGCCAUUGCCUGCUCAUCGAUGGCUGCGUCGACCAGCAAGCUGAACGCAGCCUUCAAAGCCAUGAGUAUCCGACGCGGCGGAAGUGCCGACCCCAUGCAGUCGAGCAAGGCGGCGGACGUUGCUGCCUUUUCCUUCCAACUGAUCCCACAGGAUUCACGCGGUGGUGUGCGUCUGAGGAAGCGGGAGAGCAGUCUGCCUACCGGCAGCAGUGCAGGUGUCAGUGGCUCGGCAGCUCUUUUGCCGACACUGGUGCCAGCUUCGGUGGCAGGCUCUGUUGCCGCGACUGUGACAGUUUCUGCAGCAGCAGCAGCAGCGACGGCGGCGGCGCCUGUCUCUGAGAAGCCGUCAUCACCGCCACCGCCGCCAAGCGAUGCCGUCAACGGCACGGGCAAGACGCAUCACUUUGCAGUCAAGAGUCGGGACGAGCGGAUCGAGUGGAUGCGCGAACUGAUGCUGGCCAAGGCCAUGCGCCAGAAGGGCGAGGGCUUCGAGGUGAGCGUGAAUGGUAACAUGAUUUGA